UGCAGCUGUAAACACAUCUCCAAACCUACAAAAAAACUCCGCGAUAUCUCAAUAUCGUUUUGUGUUGGAUAAUACUAAAGUGCAAUAAUAUGUCGGGAUUACAGAAUGGCAUUCUGCUUUUGUUCGCCUGCAACUUGUUGUUGGCUCUCUACGUGUCGGCCAAUAAGCAGCAAAAACAUCAAAAUCAAGAAAUCUGGGAACAAGACCUUUCGGACACCUUUAAAAUCGAGGGCAGCGACCAGGGCAUUCAAAAGGUGAACCUGAAGUGCGGAGCGGACUCGAUGAACGUGGUGCUGGAGACGGAAAAGCCCUUCACGGGUGUGAUGUACACGCGAGGCAGUUUCUACAAGCAGACGGCCCCGUGCUUCAUGAAGCCCUCUUCAAGCCAGGGAUCACUUUCCAUUGAGAUGAACUUCCAGCUGGACCAGUGCCAAACGCUCCGCGACGGAGACCUGUACACCAACAUCGUGGUGAUCCAGAACGACCCGGAGUUGAUCACGCCCGGAGACUCGGCCUUCUCGCUGGAGUGCGACUUCCGACAGCCGCGCAGUCUGGACGUGGAGGCCAGUAUGCAGGCCAGGGACAGGGUGGCCACUGGCUCCAAAAUCACACUCACAAGUCCCGAUCCUGCGGCACCCACGGAACAUCUACACAACUCGGUGGUUAGCAACAGCGACUCGGUCGCAUACAUACCAAAGUUCAGCAGGCCAAAUAGAACCAUACACCUAGGCUCCGUCGAGGAGGUGACUCUGCCGUCGUCCUCGCAAUCCCGAGACGAGCUCUAGGAACACCCACACACUGCACGACACUCAAGAUACUCAAAAACAUGAUCACAACACUUGAAAAACAAUUCAGAGUACAGGAAAAUAGCACAAAAUACGACGCAACCGUCAACGCAGAAAAAUUGAUGGCAAUUCAACGACAGAUGCACUAACACCACUUCAUGUAUUUUCAUUUAAAUGGU